UUUGAAUUCAGCUGAUUGUGGAUUAUGAGAAACAUAUGUACUAGGCUUGUGCGUAUCGUAUGAAUGUAAAAGCAUUCUUGGUAGCAAUUUUUUCUCAGUGGUGACGUACGCGUUUAAAAUGUCACUUUCGUCAGGAGCUAUUGUACGCCUCUAUCUUAAAAACUUUCUAACAUAUAGUGAAGUAGAAUUUAACCCCAGAUCGGGCCUGAACAUGAUUGUGGGACCCAACGGAUCAGGUAAAAGCAGCCUUGUUUGCGGAAUCUGUCUCGUUCUUGCUGGAAAACCGAACGUCCUUGGAAGAGCUCCUCAUCUUAAAGAAUUCAUCAAGUUCGGCUGUAGCCAUGCAGAACUGGAAAUUGAACUCUUUCAACCUCAGGCUAAUAAAAUAAUCAGAAGGACUAUUCAUGACAGAGGAUCGGACUGGAAAAUAAAUGGAAUUCCUUGUUCUCAAAAUGAAGUCUGCAAAGAGGUGUCAAAGAUGAACAUUCAGGUGGAUAAUUUAUGUCAGUUUUUGCCUCAAGACAGAGUCGCUGAUUUUGUGAAGAUGACCCCACAAGAGCUGUUGGUUAAUACCGAAAAUGCCGUGGGCUCAGCAAUGCUAAUUGAAAACCAUGAAAAGCUGAAAUCUCUACAGGAAAGUCUUACCUCUCUGAAAAAUAAAAUCGAAUCUACAAAAAACCAUCGGGACAAGGAGGUCCAGCUGAAUGAACAUCUUGAGGCCGAGCUUAAGCAGUUUAAGGAUUUUAAAGCGGCAAAAAAACAACUGGAGUUAUACGAAGCAAAGCUAGCAUGGCUUAACUACGUUGUGAAACGGGACAAUUUCCUUGAGAAAAAGAAGAUACUGAACCAAAAAGCUGACGUGGUAGAAAAGCAGCAGGAAGCUCACGCUCGCAUCAAAGGAAAGGUCACCCGACUAGAGAACCAGAUUAAAGAACUCGAUCGGCAAAAAGCACAGUUGGAAUUAGCUCUUCGGAGGGUGAAAGAAAAAACGGCUAAAACGCGUGAAGAGAUGGAUAAAUGCACGGAGCGGAUGAAUGAGAUACAGCACACAUUCAAAGAACAACUCGACUGUGAGAAGGAACGAAUUGACAAAGAGAAAGUACAACGAUCAACCGUUCAAGAGUUGCAGAUAAAAUAUCAUGAGGAACUGGACAAACUUCGCGAAGAUCGGGUCGAGACUAAACUGCAAGAAGUCAAGCUCAGAAUUAGCGGAUUGAACAAGGAGUUAAAUAAACUGAAUGCUACAAUGCAAGAAAGGCAGCAGCUGGUUCGCUCGAUUGAGCAAGAAAUACAGGAAUACGAGGAGAGGCAUCGGACUCUGGCUCUAAAAGCUGACCCCCGAAUGGAGAUGCUCGAAAAAAUUAAACCCCAAGUAUAUAAAGCGUGCAGCUGGCUAGAGCAAAAUAGGAAUCUAUUUCAAGAGCAUAUUCACAAACCUGUAGCGGCUGAAUUGACGAUUUCGAACGAGCGUCAAGCCCGGUACCUCGAAGUGAUCCUAGGUUCGGACAGUCUUUUCAGUUUUGUUGCCGAAAACCCCGAUGAUAUGGAGUUAUUUGUGAAAGAGGCGAGGCGCAGAAACUGGAAGAUCAAUAUUGGUACUGCACCUAGGGGAGGACGAAUGAAAUUUGCAAACCCUGUACCCAAAGAGCAGAUCAAGGAAUUCGGUGUUGAAGGUUAUGUGUCCGAUCUUUGCGAGGCUUCCGAUGCAGUAUUUGCAUUUUUAUGCGGUCUUCAUAAUCUACACCGUGUUCCGUUUGGAGGCGACAUCCUGGAGGAUCAUAUCUACGGGCUUCUGAGUAAAUAUCAAUUGAAUCGUGCCAUCGCAGGAAGCUCUUUGGUGAACCUCGUGAAGUCUGAGUACUCGACCGAUUUAACUCGAAUCUCAAAAAGUAUUCCUAAAAACAAAGUUCUCAUCGUGUUCUCGAAUAGAGAGGAACUGCAACAGGUGACUGAGCGUUUAAAACAGCUGAAACAGCAGAAGGAACGAUCAAUUGGAGACUACAAUAAGUUAAAAGAAGAAGUUGAGAAUUUGAACAGAAUCGCGCAGGGUGUUAAAGACGAGGAAAAAAAGUUACGUCAACGCAUGGGGGCUAGCUUAAAGCUUAGAGACACGUUAAAUGUAAAGAAGGCUCAACUUCAAAGACUCCAACAGGUUCCCGGGGAUUUGGAAGCUAAAAAAAGACGAGUGGAAGCCUGUCUAAACAACGACUUGGCUUUAUUUCGACGAAAUACGAAGGAAUUGGUAAAGGAUGCGGAAGAGGCUUUUGAACAGCUGCAAAAGCUCGGGCUUGUUGUUUGCCAAAUCGAGGAAACGCGACAACGAGCCGAAGUAUUUAAUGAUGAGCUACUCUUGGUGGAGCGAGCUCUGACAGCUGCCAAGGCCGCCUACGAUCGCUUAGAAGAAUCGACAAAGAUUGCCAAACAGGAAGCUCUUCAAAUACUAGAACAGGCUAAAAAUCUAGUUGGUUUAGAUAACGUGUCUGGUCGUGCGGCCGUGCAACUUCCAGAUAAAAUUAGCGCACAAUUUGAAGAGCUUUCAAAUGAAAUUCCGGAGAUUGAAGGCUUUGUAGCAGAAGAAAGAGCGCGCUUAUCGUUAAUGAUGCCCCAUAAUAUGAACGUCGAGAAAGAGUACAACAGAAGGCAGCAGCUGAUCAGUGAAGUCAACACUACACUCAAUAGCCUUACAAGUAAACUGGACGAAAUUAAAGUGGAAAUAGCUACUAAAGAUCAGGAGUGGUGUUCCGAGUUGGAUGCACUUCUUGGAAAAAUUAAUGCAACGUUUUCGAGGUUUUUCACACUAUUAGGGUGUGAAGGAAAAGUUACCCUAUAUGACGGUGAAGCAGUACAUCAAUAUGACAGAUACGGCAUCAAGAUUCUUGUGCGUUUCCGGGAGAAUACCGAUCUCUGUGAGCUAACACCAACUCAUCAAAGUGGAGGAGAACGUUCAGUUGCUAUAAUUCUAUAUAUGAUGGCGCUCCAGGAACUCACCGUGGUGCCUUUCCGUGUCGUUGAUGAAAUCAACCAAGGUAUGGAUAGUGUCAAUGAGCGGCGUGUCUUUGAGUUUCUAGUAAAAACGGCCGAACUUAACGAAGCGCAGUACUUUCUCAUCACGCCAAAGCUACUCACCGGUCUUCCCUACUCAGAAAAAAUGUCUGUGCAUUUUGUCUACCCCAACGUUGGAUUCACACACCAUCGAUGGGGUCUGCAGAAGUUCAUCGAGCGGCAGAAGCGACGUCGGACAAACUCAACAGCUAUCCAAGAAAAAGACGACAUGGAAUUAUAACCAAAGUGGCUUCACUAAACGUUGUGGUCAACGCUCCUGUAAAUACUACUGUUGUAAAUCAUUUUCCUUCAAUAGUGUAACUGGCGGUGAGUAAGGGGCUAUACUGUAAAUUAAUGACAGCCUUGUUUACAACUUUUCUGUUGCGCGCGAUACGGAAAACACUGUUCCUGUAUAAGUAAUUUACUGAGCUAGCUAAUUUGAUCAAAGUUAUAGAUUAUUUUUUCAUCGACAAGAGGUAGACGACGGUUAAAACCUGCAAAGAUAUCGCAGGAAUAUUUGUAAUGAUAUCUACAUAUAAAUAUGUUUGUACCUAUAUCUGUCAUUCAAGUAAUGAAUCGUGCUGCUAGUAACAUGUACCCCCCCCCC